UCAGACCAACUCCAACAAUUCUCAUCUCACUGUUGUCAGCCUUGUUUUAGCUGAAUUGGAAUUUUGUUGCUGCAAGAAAUGGAAGCAGCAAACAUAGUUUUAUCCCCUGCUUUGCAAGUGAUCUUUGACAGACUGGCAUCCCCAGUCCUACAAAAGGCUGCUGAUUUCUUGGGUUUUGAUGACAACUUCCGCGGCCUACAACAUGCCGUGGAGCGGGCUCAAGCUACUCUUGAAGAUGCAGAAGAUCAACAAUUCACCAGCAGAGCUGUCAGACUUUGGUUGUCAAAGCUCAAGAAUGCAGCUUAUGAUGCUGAGGACGAUCUGCACUACUUGACUGCUAAAAGAAUGAGAGGUGGGAGCGAUUUUGAAGACAGGAGACCAGGUCUGAUGAAUUUUCAACUUGGAGACCUUAUGCAUGCUACCCAAACUGGUGCAGUGCUCCGGGCAUUAGAAGCAACUAUAAAUGAGGGGCUCAGUGAGUUUAAUUUUAAAGCGCCUAGUAUGGCAGAUGGUCGAACUACCAUGAGAGAGACAAGUUCUUUUGUCAUUGAGUCAGAGAUAUGUGGAAGAGAAGAUGACAAAGAGAAGUUGGUCAAACUGUUAAUAUCUUCUGAAGCUUGCCAGGAAGGAUAUGCAACAUGUAUUUCAAUAUUUGGUAUUGGAGGAAUUGGUAAGACCACUCUUGCUCAAUUGGGAUAUAAUGAUGACAGGGUAAUCCACCACUUUGAUAUUAGGAUGUGGAUUUUUGUCUCUGAUGAUUUCAAUGUUAAGAAGAUCAUGAAAGCAAUUAUUGAGUCUGCAACUAAGGAUGAAUGCAAGUUGUCCGAGAUUGACCUACUUCAGUCUCGGAUUUGGAAUUUGUUGCACAAUAAAAGAUAUCUCAUUGUGUUAGAUGAUAUUUGGACUGAAAACCAUGAUGAUUGGGACAAACUACGACCUUUGUUCAGAGGGGGUGUUGAUGGAUGCAAAAUCAUUGUCACCACCCGCAAUACAAAAACCGCAUUCAUGACAGACUCCCCAAAUUCCCCAUUUUAUUUGAAGGGUUUAGCAGAGGAUGAUUGCUGGGCCUUGUUCAAGCAACGGGCUUUUGGGCGAACUGAAGAAGAGAAGUAUCCCCGGCUUUUGUCAAUUGGAAAGCAAAUAGUUAAAAAAUGUGGAGGUGUGCCAUUAGCAGUAAAAAGUUUGGGAAGUUUAAUGCGCUUUAAAAGAGAGGAGCAGCAGUGGUUGUUUAUGCAAAAUAGUGAUCUCUGGAAACUAGAUGCAUGCCAAAAUAAAGUUUUACCCGCCCUGAUGUUGAGUUAUAUUCAUCUCCCAUCACAUCUUAAACAGUGCUUUGCAUUCUGCUCAAUCUUUCCGAGAAAUUAUGAAUUCAAGAAGAAGAAGUUAAUUUAUCUAUGGAUGGCAGAAGGAUUAAUUCUACAAGGAGGAAGCAAGCGACCAGAAGACAUCGGUGAAGACUACUUUGCUGAUUUGUUGUGGAUGUCUUUCUUUCAAGAAGUAGAGUUAUGUGAGGGUGUCAGUAUAACUGGAUACAAAAUGAAUGAUGUCAUUCAUGAUCUUGCACGAUAUGUUGCAGGAAAGGAAUAUGUGAUACUUGAACAGGGUGCUCCACCAAAUGGACCAGCACAAAUUCGCCACUCCUCUGUGGUUUAUACGUAUGGAGAAAUUACAAUUCCAGAAGCUCUAUAUGAGGAAAAACAUUUACGAACUCUCCUAUUGAUUGGAGAAUUCGGCUCAUUAAGAUCCAUUGGAAAAAUGUUUUCGACUUUUGUUUACUUGCGUUCGCUGGAUCUGAGCAGCUGCACUGUUUACAAUUUACCAGAAUCGUUGGGUAUUAUGAUAUGCUUGAGGUAUCUUGACGUCUCUUACACACCUAUUCGUCUGUUACCUGGAAGCACAAGCAAGCUUUGUGCUCUGCAGACUUUAAACCUUUUUGGUUGUCAUAAUCUUAGGCGCUUGCCUUUCUUAGGAGGCAUGACUGACCUAAGACAUCUCAAUAUAACUGGAUGCCAAAGUUUGGACUGGAUGUGUACUGGUAUUGUAAGGUUACACCAACUUCAGACAUUGCCAUUAUUUGUUGUUAGCUGGGAGAUCAUGCAUUCCUACAGUGCCAUUGAGUUCAAUUUGAAUAGGAGUCUGGGAGCUCUGCAACAUUUAAAUCUUUAUGGAAAGUUAAAUAUUAUACAGUUGGGGAGAGUUAGAAAUGCAUCCAUAGCACAUUCUGCUGGAUUGAAGACGAAGGAAAAUCUUGAGUUGUUGGGAUUAUACUGGGGACUAUACCAGGGAUUUGAAGGUUUGGACGAUUCAUUCACGAAACUACAUAAAGCCCAACAUAAAUUAGACAUCUCAGGAUCAAACAUAGGUCCAAAACAGCAUGAACCUGAUGCUAGAGUGGCCGAAGAAAUUCUUGAAGGCCUGCAGCCACACAAUAAUCUGAAAAUUCUAGUUAUACAUGAGUAUCCAGGAAUCAAAUUUCCUCGUUGGGCUCUACCUAAUAUAGUUUCAUUUCAUUUGGCCUAUUGUAGAAAUUGUGAACAUCUUCCUGCCCUUGGAAGUUUGCUGCUACUUAAGACUGUUUCUCUGCAUCGAAUGGAUGCUGUGAGAUGCAUUGGUACAGAGUUCUAUGGUGAUGGGGCAGACAUACGGUUUCCAUCACUUGAAGAACUAUCAAUCAGUGAUUUUGCGAACUUAGAGGAGUGGUCAAGUGCAAAUGAUGGAAAUGCAUUCCCUAGAUUGAAGAAAUUAACUGUCAAAAGUUGUCCCAAGUUAGCACAUAUACCCUUAUGUCAGUCACUUCAACAUUUGGAGCUGCGGGAUUGUAAUCCAACAUCAAUGUCCACAGCAAAUUUAACUCUCCUUUCUGUGCUUGUUAUAGAAAAAAUUCCAGAGCUGUCCUGUCUCCCAGAAGGGUUUUUUGCAUCAGCUCAUCUGUCUUCUCUGGAGAUCUUGUGUUGCCCCAAGCUUCAUUUACUUCCUUCAGAGAUGGGAAACCUUACUUCUCUGAAAUCAUUAACCAUUCGUUGUUGUGAACAGCUGUCCUCUCUUCCACAGACUUUGCAAAACCUCAAAUCUCUGCACUCACUAGAGAUUAGUGGUUGUCACAGUAUUAUGUCCAUGCCAGAUGGUGGAAUUGGAAGUUUAUGUUCCCUUCGGACUUUGUUCAUUGAGAGCUGCAGUAAUCUGAUUUCUCUGUCAUCAAGUUUGGAGCAUCUCACAUUCCUUGAACACUUGAGCAUUAUGAAUUGUCAAAAUCUUGGUUCUUUCCCAGAGGGUGUGCAACACCUCUCCUCUCUUCGGAGUUUGACUAUCUUGAGCUGUCCUUGGUUUGAUGCUCUGCCAAAUGGGUUACAAAAUGUCCCGACGCUGCACUGCUUGGAAAUUAUUAGCUGCCCUAAUCUAACAGCUUUGCCAGAAUGGUUUGGGAAUCUUGCUUCGCUUCGAUCUUUGACCAUAUCUGAUUGUCCUAAUUUAAAAGUACUGCCACCAGGUCAAAAGCUUCUCACAAAACUCCAACACCUCUCUAUUCAAGAAUGUCCUGAGCUCGAGCAAAGAUGUAGACCAGGAAGUGGUGAGGAUUGGUUGAAAAUAGCACAUGUCCCACAUAAGUACGUUGGAUCACCUCAGGUCAGCCAGUCCAGUGAAGCAAGCACAUCGGGCAGCUCUUCUGUUCAAACAGCUUCUCAAUAAGCAACUUCUGUUUCAUUGUCAUCAUGGUUUGAAGCUUCUCAUUGAACUCCAGUACCUCCCUGUUCAAGAAUGUCCCAGCUUGAGUGAUGCAAGUGCAAAAUUAUUAAGAAGCAGGUAGUUGACAAGAUACGCUCAAGCCAUGUGUUUGGUGUUGGAAAAGCCAAGCAAUCUUUUAUGUUUCGUUUAUUUUAUUUGUAAUUAAGCAGUUGUUCGUUGUGAUUCUAUAUUUUUAAGAAUAAUUUGUAAUAAUUAGAUUUUCUAGGGUUUUUAUGUUUAUUAUUUUAGAGAGUUGAGUGUAGUCGUCAUUUUUAUCAUAUUAUCCAAAAAAUUCAAGACC